UCGUCGACGACGAGGACGAUCCAUCAGAACGAAAGUGUGCCGGGUCGCAUCGCGAAAUAAAAUUCAGAUCGUUUAUCAACGAUCUCUACAUCGUAGAUCACCGGUGAUUCUUGAGAUCUCAAGGGUGUUAAUAUGAAACCGAAAAUAUUAGGAAUUGUCGGUGGUUCGAUGCUUAUCUUUGGAAUUUUCUUUUGUGCCGUAAUUUUUCCUGCAUUUCUAAGAUUACAAAUUAGGAAGCAAGCGGCGCUAAAACCUGGCGCGGAUAUUCGCGAACUAUGGUCCACUUUCCCGCUUCCGUUAGACUUCAAAAUUUAUAUUUUUAACGUAACGAAUCCUACGGAAAUAUUGGCAGGAGCUAAACCAAUUGUUCAAGAAGUGGGACCAUUUUUUUACGACGUAUACAAACAUAAAGUGAAUCUAGAAGAUCGAGAAGAAGACGACACUGUCGAGUACAAUUUCAAAUCGACCUGGUACUUUAAUCCAUCGCUAAGCAAUGGUUUAACCGGCGAAGAAGAAGUGGUUGUGCCUCACCUUUUUAUACUGGGCAUGUUUCAAAUUACGCUAAUCGAACAACCAAAGGCAAUAGGAAUCGUCGAUAAAGCGGUGGAUAGUAUUUUCAAGAAACCCGACACGGUGUUUGUCAGAGCGAAAGCGAAGGAUAUACUUUUCGAUGGUUUGCCUAUCGAUUGUACAGUGAAAGACUUAGCCGGAGCCGCGACUUGUAAAGUUUUAAAAGUAAAAGGUGAAAACAAUGGUUUAAUAUCGGACGGCGAGGGACGUUACCGCUUCUCUUUAUUUGGUUCUAGAAAUGGCUCGGCGGCACCGAAACGCAUCAGGGUGUUGCGUGGAGUAAAGAAUUAUCGGGACGUGGGACGGGUGGUCGAGUACGAUGGAAAAGCAGAGUUGUCGAUUUGGAGCGAGAAACAUUGUAAUCGGUACAAUGGCACGGAUGCCACGAUUUUUCCACCGUUGAUCAAAGAAGGACAGGAACUUAUGACGUUCGCGGCGGAUCUUUGCAGGAACUUGCGCAUUCAGUAUAGUCACAGGACCAUGGUUAAAGGUAUCGACACAUACCAUUAUACAGCCAGUUUAGGAGAUAUGAGUACAAAUGCAGAAGAGAAAUGUUAUUGCCCUACACCGGAUACCUGCUUAACAAAGAAUUUGAUGGAUAUGUACAAAUGCCUAGGCUUGCCUAUCAUUGUUUCUCUACCACACUUUUAUGGCUCGAACAAAAAGUAUCUGGAAAUGGUUGAAGGACUUGAUCCGCACAAGGAGAAAUACGAGAUUGCUAUUGAUCUCGAACCAAUGACAGCCGCUCCGUUACAGGCAGUGCAAAAAUUGCAAUUUAAUAUGUUCCUUCACCCGAUAGAAAAAGUGAAAUUAAUGAAACAUUUCCCGGAAUGUUUGUUCCCGUUAUUCUGGAUAGAAGAAGGUAUAUUGCUUGACGACGAGUAUGUGAAAGUAGUAAAGACCUUAUUCAAAGUGAUAAGUAUCGUUGGAUUUUUGAAAUGGUUAACGAUAUUCGUCGGCGCUUGUGUAACUGGAGCAGCAGGUGCUUUAUAUUUUAAGAACAAGGAUAAGAAUAAGUUGAAUACCAUCAAACUGACACCACAGUUUCAGUAUGGCAAAAACGAUGAGCAGAAAAAAUGGCCACCUACCAUGAAUAUUAGCACGAUACGAAGUGUUACGGUACUGCCCAAACUAGACAACAAUUAAGUAGGCCUUUCUUUUUUUACCGCGACGAUCUUUUCACCGUUAGUUCCCCGAAACUAGACAAUUACUAGGUAUGUCUAAUCGCAAGGGGGUGGAUCUACAUUAUCAGGUACACAUGUAUGUACACUGUACAUUGCACAGUGUACAGGUCGGGUUCCCGACUAGUCGGGUCGGUUCGGAAA